CUCUCCCCGCUCUCUCCUUCUACACCUUUUCCUCCCUCUCUCCUUCCUUUCUCUCCAUCCUCCCGCUCUCUCUCUUUCCCUCCCUCCCUCCGUCUUUCUUCCCCUCCUUCCUUCCUUCGCCCAACAGCCGAAUCCCACUCUCCCUGGGUCUUUUCUUCCCCGUCCUGGGCCAUGGCGGGGCGAGGGCAGUGGAGGCGCCAGGCCUUUUCCUCUUCUUCCUCUUCCUAAGCGAGGCAGGCCUUCCCGGGCGGCGGGGCCCAUGUCGGGCUGCGGCAUGGAGGCGGACUACCCCGCCUUCGAGAACCCGCUCUGCGGCGAGCUCAAGCACAUCUGCAAGCGGCUCCGGGAGACCUACAAGGAGAUCAAGGAGGACCUCACUCCCUACAAGGAGGAGCGCUACUACAGGCUGGCCCCAAUGCGAUUGUAUACACUGUCCAAGCGCCACUUUGUCUUGGUCAUUGCUGUUUUCUUCCUCUGUUUUGGUUUGACUGUCUUAAUUGGGAUCGUAGGUCCCAAUGUCAUUGUUUCAGCAACAACUCAGUUGAAUAAUAGUUCCAAGAUAAGCCAGUUUAAUUUAAGUUCCCAACCAUUAUCUACUUACAAUCAACAGUUAUGGCUGACAUGCACAAUGCAGUUGGGCCAGCCUUAUGAUGACAAAUGGAAAAAUUUGAAAGUUGCCUUUAAUAUGUCGGUUAUAAUACGUGGAGUCGGAGAGAAUGCAAGUGUACGAAAUUUCAACAAGGAAAAACACAACCAAACAAGGAUCCUCAGUUGUGCACCACAAUGUGCUGAAAUUAUUGUGCUGCAUCUUGGUUACCUAAACUACGCUCGUUACGAAAUCAGCGUCUCCUUUGAGAAUCUUUCUCCAUUCUACCAGAUCAAGAGUUACAACUUCACAUGGAAAACCUAUAACCCAUCCUUCUCACAAAUGGAAAUCUGGUUUCGAUUUGUCUUCGUCGUCCUUACUUUCAUAGUCACGUGUCUCUUUGCACACUCGCUGCGAAAGUUCUCCAUGCGUGAUUGGGGAAUCGAGCAAAAGUGGAUGUCCAUCCUUCUUCCUCUGCUGUUGCUUUAUAAUGAUCCCUUUUUCCCUCUCUCAUUCCUAAUCAGUAGUUGGUUUCCUGGAAUGCUGGAUGACCUCUUCCAGUCCCUGUUCCUGUGUGCUUUGCUGCUCUUCUGGCUCUGUGUUUACCAUGGUAUCAGAGUGCAGGGGGAAAGGAAAUGCGUAACAUUCUAUUUUCCCAAAUUCCUUAUCGUUGGUCUCCUGUGGUUGGCUUCUGUUAUGUUAGGAAUAUGGCAGACUGUCAAUGAACUACAUGAUCCAACUUACCAGUAUGGAAUUGAUACAAAUCACUUGCAAGGAAUGAAAAUCUUCUUCCUUGUGGUAGCAAUUGUGUACAUUUUGUACCUUUUGUUCCUGGUCAUCAGAGCCUGCUCAGAACUUCGUAACCUGCCCUAUGUUGAUCUCAGAUUGAAAUUCUUGACUGCACUGACAUUUGUUGUGCUUGUCUUUAGCAUUGCUAUACUUUAUUUGCGUUUUGGAGCACAAGUUCUACAGGACAACUUUGUUGAACUCUCAACUCAUUAUCAUAAUUCUGCAGAAUUCUUGUCCUUUUACGGGCUACUGAACUUCUAUCUAUACACUUUAGCCUUUGUGUAUUCUCCGUCAAAAAAUGCCCUGUAUGAGUCUCAGUUGAAAGACAAUCCUGCGUUUUCCAUGCUGAAUGAUUCAGAUGAUGACGUGAUUUAUGGGAGUGAUUAUGAAGAAAUGCCUCUUCAGAAUGGCCAAGCUAUCAGAGCGAAAUUCAAGGAAGAAUCGGACAGCGAUUAAAGUUUCCAUUAAAGUGACCUUCUGUAUGAAAAGUAGAAGCAGUGUUGACUUUUCCUGUGUUUCUGCCAUGUCUACAGUUAACCAAGGCUAUUCUUCUGUGGAAAUACUUCCUGUUUCUCCUUCUGUGUUUACAAAUUUCAAAGUUAAAUGUGUGUAGGAGGGAGAGUUUUAGAUUUUAUAAAAAUAUUUUGUGGUUUUAUGAAACCCAAAAGCACUAACUGUACAAAAGAAAAAGACAUGUGUAGGAUGCCACCAGAUUCUUCAGCCCAAGAGGCCUUGAGGUUAAUAGUUCAUUCUGAUCCAUGAUCACAUGAGUUUCAUAGUUGCUUCACAACCAUUAUCCUGGAAGUCAUAUUCAAGAAUAUGCCCUUUUAGCUGGAAACUGGGUGGGAUAGAGGAGGAAACAGAGUAAAAAAAUAUUCAGAUCACAAACCUGCCUAGAGAUGGAGAUCUUAUUUCAAUGAGGGAGAGCUGACAGGUAAGAAUCACAAUUGUGAUUAUACUUUGCUGUGACAUAGGUUCAUGAAGUAAGCUAUAUUUUUCCCCAGUUUGUGAGCAGUGAACAGUGGUUCAGUCUUUUCUGAGACUAAUGUAUGUAUAUAUAAAAUAAAUAAUAAUAAUAUAAUCACGCAAAAUAAUCUGAGCAAGAGAAUUGUUCCAAGAUUCUUUUUCUUAAAAUAUUUAAAUUAAAUCAUUAUACUGAAUAUCUUAGUAAAAACAUAGCCUUGUUACCUAAGUAUAUUCUGUACAUGCAGAUUUUUAUAGGCUAGUUUUUUUUAAUGAAAGGGAACAAUUGUACCUUACACACACAGUUUUAUAAUCCCCCCCCCCCCCGCCGCCGAAUAUAGAUAUAGUACUCUUGCCAUUAAGAACCAGUGGCAUAGAAGUAAGCUCAUAAUGUGUGUUGGAUUAGUACUUAAAUCAUGUAUGUAAGUGGAACUUCAUUUAAGGGAGCAAGAUCCAAAAAUUGUUGUUUUGUCAUUUUGUUAGGCUAAUUUUUGCAUUGGCAAAUGAAGGUACAAAUUGCACAGUAAUCUUUUGGUCAGUGUGCUGGGAAUGACUCCCUGGGUGAAGGGAACAUGUGGAAGGUGCUUGAAAUAGUCUUUGCAUGAUGGCAGUCCCAUGUGCUGACUGUAAUGUGUAAGGUUCGUCGCAGUGCAUGAGUACAAUGGGAGCCAGUUGCUCUUCACUUUCCUGCAGUGGAAUGGCAUGAUGAAGGAUCUGUAUAGUAGCACUGAGUUUGCUCAGAGUUGUGUCAAAAUUAAAUCUGAGCCAUUUUGGAUUCUGCUUUAAAGCAAACUUUGAUUUGAGCUCCCCAACCUCCACCCCAGACAUGCUUUAAAAGGCUGCUGUUCUUGUGUGGAUACAUUCUUUUCUCGACUGUGCUUGAAUUUUACACUACUGAACAUGACAAGGCUUACCAAAAUGGUGUUGUCAGUCACCAUUUGUUGGGCACGUCUCUUGUCUCCCGUCUUGGUGGCCUUGGUUCCAAACAGAUCCUGUGAAUCAGUAUCACAGAGGAUUAACUUUACUCGGUAGUUUCCACAUACCUCACAAAAAUAUCUCUGUGUUUUCAAAACCGCACUUCUUAUUCAUGAGUUAUACUACAAGGUGAGGUGAAAUCCACCAAGAUCUUAAGAAGGGUGAAUGUAAAAGUUCAUUUCUGCUCUUCACACUUGAAUGAUUGCAAAUGUAUGUCUGUUGCUUUCAAAUGUUGCGCUCAAGCAGCGAAACAGACUACUCCACAUUUCAUUCUGCGUUCAAGUCACAAGUUGUAGACAGACAGAAGGUUAUAUGUGGUUAGGAAGUACUUCCCUUUGUUCAAAUGGAAGGCAUGGGACAAGUGGACUCCCAACUGAGUUCAAAGGGAAAAAGGCUGAGCAUGCCCACAAAAUGCUGCGUGCUUAACUUUGGAUCCCACAAACAGAAGUAUGUAAUAAGUGAUAUCAUGAAGCAACUAAUAUAUUAUGAAGGUUUACUUCAUUUUUGCUAGUUUUUGUCUACACUGGUCCUAAAGCUAUGAGAAUGUGCUGUUGCAUAUCGGAAGCCCUAAAUCUUUAAUGUUACAAUCAGCUCAGUUUGAAACAUCACUUUGGCUGAAAGACUGAUGUUGGGCUAAAACCAUUUCAGCUACCUUUGUUCUGUGGUGUUUAACAUAUUAGAGUGCUAGUAUACAGUUAACCUAUUAGGUUUUUUUUUUUUACAGUAAAUUAAAGCCAAAAAAGAAGAGUAUAUAUUCAAAUAUGUUACAAAAAGAACUGGGAAAAUUAUGUAUUUUUUCCAAGUCUUUUUUACUACUUUAUGUUUACUCUUGGUAAUCAUGUGUAAAAAUUUGUGCUGCUUGCCAUUGAUGUAUGCAUUCCUUCACAUUGUUGUCUUUGUUUUUCUAUGUUUUUAAAAAUCUGAUUUUGCUUGACAUUCCAGGUUGUUUUUCCCUCGUUUAUGUCUAGAGAAAAUGAAUGGAUUGCCGAAUUCAUUUCCUUAUUAAAUAUCUCUCAAUUAAUUAUAAGAAAGUACAAUUUUAUUUUUUUAAGCUGGUUAAGGUGUAUUGAUUUUUGCAGAGGAAUUUAAAAACCUGCUUAGUUAUUUCCCAUUAAGUCAAUGAAAUUUCAAUGUGCUUAACUCUGGCUUCAUUAUAUUGCUCAUAUAGCAGUAUUUUGUGCCAAAAAUCUAAAAUUUAUAAAAUUAUUUUAUUGUACAUUUCAUCUUGAAAUUCAUUUUCUAGAUUGGGUUCUUGAAAGGUUUGAAAGACAAUGCUCAAAUGGUGUACCUUUUUCUACAAGUAAGGAAUCCUUGAAGUAUAGGUGAAUAAGCUGCAUUUUAGUUCAGAAAGCUUUCUGUGGGAAGAAAAUGUUUUAUUGAUGUUGGCAAUUUGUUAAACAUGUUAACAUAAAGGCCAUUGCUUAAUGUUUCAUGAAUGCAGGACGCCUCUAAAAAAACAGGAGCAUUGUUCUUGCUGUUUGAUGUGCUGAGGUGUAUUUCUAAUUUACACCUAUUUCUCUUUGUUCCUGAUAUAAUCAUGUUCACAUUUGUAUUCUUAUUGCGAUUUUAUCAUUAAACCUGUAUGGAUAAAAUGAUACGAAAAUCUGAAUUGUUAUCUCUGAAGUUGACCAAAGUCUUGAAUUAACGGAAAGGCAUUCUCAAUUCCAGUAAACCUAAGAAUGGUUAGUUGUACUGAACGUUCUCGGUUUCAGAUUUUUAAUAGAAACUAGACAUUUUGAUGAAAAUCAAUGGCCUAAAGGUAAUAUGAAUAUUCAUCUUAUAACAAUCCUGGUCAUUGCCACUAGUUUUGUCUUGUAGGAGCACCUCCUGUUGCUUUAGUGUCCUUCUCUUUGUGCCUGCUGCCUCUUUGUUCCUGGCUCAGUCAGGAUAAUGUAAUGAAGGAGUUCAGUAUCAUAGCUGCCAUCUAGCCAAUCAGAUUUGUCUGUGAUGACAAUUAAAACAAAUACUUUUUUUUAAAUUUAAAAACCAAAAUCUAGAAUCUUUUCAUUAAUAAUUUAAUCUGGGCUCUAAAUGUAACCCAGUAGAACUGUAUGAUUGUUAACAGAUUAUAACAGUUUUAUAACAAGAUAGAACAAUUGAGGGAAAAAAACCCUAAAUUUUGCUUUAAGCAUGACAGUCAUAGUCUGAUCCUUGGCAGGCUAACUUGGAAGCAAGUUCAGUGGGAUUACUCCUACAUAAAGGGCAAAAUCUUGUGGCCUUCAAAUGACAAUAUUUUAGACUGGUGACUGAGCAAAAAAAGUUGUUGGAUUAAAUGGUAUAGUUCUUUAUGUUACGUUUUGUAACCCUAUUUUUCUAUUGUGCACAUAAUUAAUAUGAAGAAGUCCUGACAUCACAAUAUGACUGAACCUGAUACUUGUAAAUAGAUGUAAAAAGAAGUAAAUCCCUAGAAAAUACUUUACACCAAAAUAUGGCUAGAGCAUUUUCGAACGGGAUGUUCCUGAUACAGUUUUGCUUCUCAGUAUGGUUUAUCCUAAUGUGUCAUCUUCAUGCUUCAGGGGAAAUUAUGAUACCAAUGGGCAACAUUGGUGAUAAUAUACCCUGAACUACAAUCAAAGAGCAAAAUUAAUAUUUACUUUUAGUACAUAAUUGGGUUUUGAAAUGCUUUUGAGAUGCUGCAUAUAAUAAAGUCAUUGUGCUCAACAUGUUCAUAACAAAUUAUUGUGUUCAACAUAAUAAAAGUUUUAUAUUGAGA